AUGGUCCAGUACCGUUGGGACCAUCCCAACCUGCUGUUGGUGCAGAAAUCAGCUGGUGGAGUUUUGCUCCCAAAAUCAGUAGUUAAAUUUGAGCGGUACCUUAUGGGGGAGGCUAGCAAUAUACCUCAUAUUCUUUCUGUUGGUGCUGAGGUUGGAGAAGUGGAGGCUGGGAAGAAGGUUCUUUUAUCGGACAUAAAUGCUUAUGAGGACAUUCCAAAUGUGCCUCUAGGCUUUGGCUUGGAUGGCAUGGGGCCACCACACUUGUGUCUGUUUACUGCCAGAGGCCAUAAGUCAUUGAUAUGUUGUCCUUCCAAUAGGCAUAUGUCUGUGUUGCAAGCGUGA